AUGAUUGACUUUACGAUACAUGGUACCUCAGAUGCUUGGUUCAGCAUCAAGAAAAUGUACUGGCCCGAUGGUGUCAAGGUUACCAAAGAUGGAAUUCUGAGCGGAGGUGAGCCUAUUCAUCCUCAUACCGACUUGAUUUAUCAAGACCAAGAGUCGCCCGGCAUGUCGACCGCAGCAGCAAUGGCCAUGCUCCGCCAGAAAAGGGACGAAAUUCGAAACGCAUUUGCCAAAAGUUGGAAGAAGCUAGAUGUGGAUGUAAUGAUCGCACCUGCUUUCAUAGGCCCGGCUUGCUUGCACGAUACAGCCCUCGAGUAG